AGGGUAAUCGCCACGCGACGGCUGUGCGCGACUCCUCUUCGGACCGGUAGAGAGCGAGAGACAGAGAACUGCGAUGACGGCUAUGAGAUCGGCAUUCCGGCGGUUCUUCUCCAUCUCCUCCUUCUUCCCUCCACCCCCCGCCGCCGUCGCUCCGCAGGCAGAGCCCUCCACCAACCUCUUUAUCUCAGGGCUUAGCAAGCGAACUACGUCAGAAGGACUUAUGGAAGCAUUUUCAAAGUUUGGGCAAAUAAUUCAUGCUAGGGUUGUUACCGAUCGUGUUUCAGGGUAUUCUAAGGGGUUUGGGUUUGUAAGGUAUGCAACACUAGCAGAAGCAGCAGAAGGCAUAAAGGGCAUGGAUGGCAAGUUUCUUGAUGGUUGGGUUAUUUUUGCCGAGUAUGCAAGACCGAGACCACCCCCACCGGGACAGACACCGCCUCCGCCACCAUCCGAACCACCAUAUGGUUAUCAGUAGAGGUGAAAGUCUUUCAUUGCUUGGGUAUUCAUGGGAGUCUAGAAUUCAGUGAAGCAGAUACUUGUGACAAAUUUUGGUCAUUUGCUCUCUUCCUAGUAUGCAGUGAUUAUUAAGUUUUAUAACUACAGUGUUGGAGAAGGAAUUAAAACUUGAAAAACAUGUUAUUUAUAAAUUUUAGUAUAUCAUGGACCUGCAUUUUUGUGCUGA